GUCUACACACGGAAACAAACAGAAACUGAACUGAACACCGAAACUGAAACUGUUUGUCUCUUCCUGAGAAACGAGCAAACCUGAAAGGUGCUCUCUGAGCUUCAGAGAGAAAAAAUGGUUGUAGAUAUCCGGACUUGGGAGCAGACAUUUCAAGAACUAAUCCAAGAGGCAAAACCCUGGGCCAAAUGGACACUGAAGUUGGAUGAAAACCUUCAGCUAGACUGCCUGGCUCAAGGGUGGAAGCAAUACCAACAGAGAGCAUUUGGCUGGUUCCGGUGUUCUUCCUGCCAGCGAAGCUGGGCUUCCGCCCAGGUGCAGAUUCUGUGCCACACGUCCUGGGAGCACUGGACAUCUCAGGGCCAGGUGCAUAUGAGGCUCUUUGGCCAAAGGUGCCAGAAGUGCUCCUGGUCCCAAUAUGAGAUGCCUGAGUUCUCCUCGGAUAGCACCAUGAGGAUUCUGAGCAACCUGGUGCAGCAUAUACUGAAGAAAUACUAUGGAAAUGGCACGAGUAAGUCUCCAGAAAUGCCAGUAAUCCUGGAAGUGGCCCUGGAAGGAUCCCAUGACACAGCCAAUUGUGAGGCAUGCACUCUGGGCAUCUGUGGACAGGGCUUAAAAAGCUACAUGACAAAGCCAUCCAAAUCCCCACUCUCCCACCUAAAGACUGGGAAUUCCUCACCUGGAAUUGGUGCUGCAUACAUCCCAAACCAAGGCAAGAACCAGUCAGCUGAGACAAAAGAGGCUAAGGGGAGAGGGUAUGAGAAAUUAGGGCCCAGUCGAGACCCAGAUCCAUUGAACAUCUGUGUCUUUGUUUUGCUGCUUGUAUUUAUUAUAGUCAAAUGCUUUACAUCAGAAUGA